CCUGACUCUCUCUUCUCUACUCGAGAAUGUGGCGCAAAGACAACCUCCAAGCAUCAGCUAUUUAUUCAACACACCAUCUCCCACUUAAAACUCUUGCUCGUGCAGACCUACCAGCGCUAGUCAGAUAGCAAAAGUAAUUUCCUUUAAAAUACCCAAGAUACGAUGCCAAGGUCUUUCUUGGUGAAGAAACACCUCACUAACAAGAAGCCUGACUAUGGUGUGUUGGAUUCACAAAAACACGAGGUGAUUCAUAUUGAAUCUUCAAGCUCCAAACUCAAAAUACUUCAUCCCCAUGAGACUCUGUUUCCUGCACCAUUUCUUGGGAACUCAGCAUUGAGCCCCACUCUGCGGAUGAACCCCAUCAGUUCAGGGAUCUGUGCGCCUCCACCCAAGCCUGCCCACCCAAGCCUGCCCAUGGACGGCACAUUUCUGGGUAUCACUUACCCCCUACCUGUAACAUCCAGUCCCCUUCGAGACAUGCAGCCUGCGCUCCCAAUGCUGGAGUGUGCUAAACCACGGUCUUUUCAGCUUUCUCAGAGAGAACUAGAAGACAAUGUCCCUGUGUCGCCUUUAGGACUGAGCACCACUGGCAACAGUCAGGAGCGCAUUGAUGAAUGCUUUGACUGCCAGAAAGCUUUCUUGACCUUAUCUAGUCUGGCCAACCAGAGGCAAAUUCACUGUCAGUGGCAAUGCCAAAAGUAUUUUAGCUGCAAGUAUUGUGACAAGGAGUAUGUGAGUCUAGGGGCACUGAAGAUGCACAUUCGGACACACACGCUGCCAUGUGUCUGUAAACUGUGUGGAAAAGCCUUUUCUAGGCCCUGGCUACUUCAGGGACACAUUCGCACACACACAGGUGAAAAGCCAUUCUCCUGCCCCCACUGCAGUCGUGCAUUCGCUGACCGCUCAAACCUUCGGGCCCAUUUACAAACCCACUCUGAGAUCAAGAAAUACCAGUGCAGAAGCUGCUUUAAAACCUUCUCCAGAAUAUCACUCCUGACAAAGCAUGAAGAGGCCGGGUGCUGCCCCAUGUCCUAAUAUGUACUGGGUUGUGGGUAGUCAGGGUAAGUUAUAGUGCCAAAGUUUGUCAAAUCAAAGUGCCUCACAAACUCAAGAGUCUGGUAUAUUGACUGAUAUACUGUGAUCACAAUAUGCUGUACAUUGUGUGUGACCUUAGAAAGUUGUUAUAAUUGUAGUUGUUAUGGUUUUGUAAUGAAGAAAUUUCAAAGCAAGCAAUAAAAUAAUAUUUUUCUAAUAACGUGUCCUGUAUAGUAUAAUGUGAACAGAUGUAAGUUUGAAACAACUGCUGUGGGCUUCCAUGCCUGCUCAUUAUGGGUCAGACAGAUUGUUGAACUUUUGACUUCACAUACCAUUAAGUCCUAUCCUACAUCCCAGCUCACACAGUAUUAAUUAAUAUGUCUAUAUUCAGGGCAGCUGUGGAGAGGAAAAUUCUCUGAGGCUAAAUAAAACCUACAUUUGUAAUUGUGCAUGGAAAAAAAUCCUUGUAUAUAUAUCUGUUUAUUGGCAGGUGGACGCAGGCCAGCUGCAUGCCAUAAUGGUGCCAUGCCAAAACUCCAUUAGUAAGGGUCUUAGUCUCUGUUGUCUUUCAUCUGAGAGAAAUAUUUAAUAGGAAGACUGCAUUUGUCUAAUCACUGAAGAAAAAAUAGGACAAUAGGACUAUGAGUCCACACCAUAUAGAAGGCAGAAUAUUUUACAUAUUUAAAAAAAAAAAAUCACACAAAUUAUUGUCAGUUGCUAUAGUUAUUACAAGAAACAAGGUGAAUUAUGAUUGCUCAACCUAUAUGAACAUCACACACAAACAUGUUCACAUACCAUACAUUAUGUGUUGAUAAGGGGGUGUCAUAUAUUUACAGAUAAAUACAGCUGCAAGCAAUAAUGGAGCCAAGCACCCCAGAAACAACAUCUACAGCCCUAAGCAAUGAAUCCAAAGAACCAAAUGAUAGCAGGGUCGAGUGUGCAACUUCCUGGUUGGCAUAUGCAGUCAUCUCACAUUGUGCAACAUAUUGUCAUUCCCAAGGUAUCCAAUAUUGCUGCAUGGUGUGAGAAGAUUCACAAUAUAGUUAAAAUUGGAAGGGAAUACAGAGGACCUUAAAAAUGGGGAGCAGUGUAUUUCCUAUCAUUUUAUGCCAGGUUUUUCUAUGGUUAUAUUAUAUAAUAAUUUUUUUCCUGUUAGUCUGUUUUCCAUGAAGUAACACUGUUUGGUUUAAUUGUGUCAGUAGUUCUCAGUAGUUCUCACUUUAUUGUGCAAUCCUAAACACUGAAGUCAACAUAUACUCAACAUGUUUUCCUGUAGCUCAAAUAGUAGAGCAUGGCGCUAGCAACGCCAAGAUCAUGGGUUCGAUUC